ACAGGCCCAGGGGUGCACAUGGUGUCCUUGGAAAGAAAUUGCUUUACAGUUUAUGACUGGGACCCACGUGGCUCAGAGGGCACAAGGCGUCAAGACAUCCCGUAUAAUCUUCGGCCAUCUGUCCUGUUUGUUCUUGUCAUUACUGGGAAAUGGCUGCUAGAGGAAGGUCCUUUUCUAGGGGCAGCCACGUUCGGAGCAGACUGCUGCCCCACCAUAUGUGCUCCGGGAGGUUGAGCAGCGUGGAGCUGGAACUUACAACCCUGAGAUCAAGAGUCACCUGCUCUACCGACUGAACUAGCUGGGGCCCCAUACUGGAAUAGCUCCACAUGGCUUCCAAAGAUGUGACCGUUACAGUUCGCCUCAUUCGUUCAUUCGAGCAUCGCAAUUUCAAGCCUAUAGUAUAUCACGGAGUUGAUUUGGACCAAACUACAAAGGAAUUCAUAGUAUUUCUAAAGCAAGAUAUUCCUUUAAGGACCAGCCUCCCACCACCAUUCAGAAAUUAUAAAUAUGAUAAAUUAAAGAUUGUUCAUCAGGCACAUAAAGCAAAGACCAACGAGCUUGUAUUGAGCCUGGAAGACGACGACACGCUCAUGCUGGAAGAAGACUGCACGCUGCGAGCUGCGGGAAUUGCUCAUGAAACUGAAAUUGCAUUCUUCUGUGAAGAAGAUUAUAAGAACUACAAAGCAAAUCCCAUUUCAUCCUGGUGAAAACCUCUUGGGGGCUCUCAUUUUGCAUACCUGUAUUAAGCUCUUUAUUCCACUAGUGAGUUUUGGAAAUUGACAAAUAAACUUAAAAAUUA